GGCACAUGAAACUUAUUGAUUAAUUGGUAUGCGACUCGUGACAGGACGUCAUGCGCUGUUUGACUAGGCCGCAUUGAACUCGAAGACCGCGUUUCCACCCAUUGCUUUCCCGGCAUCCCACAUUCCCGUGCAUCCACUGGCGGCCCUCGACGUCACACGGGUCGUCGUGACCCAUAACUGAACAAACUUAGCUUGGGGAGGAGCUUCAAAUCGGGUCACAGAAGGAUCAUGGCUGCUCGUCACUCCACGCGCCCGCGUCGCAUUGAGGACGCCCUCGCCCAACUCGUUGACAAUCUCACUCACCGAUUUUCUUACGUCGCCGCGGAGGACGAACUCUCUGACGAUGAAUACGAGGCGCUCGCAGUGCGACAACAAGGGAACCUCGAACACUCAUGGCGCAUACUCGACGCUUACACAGACACAAACAAUGACCCAGCAUCUCCAAAUGGCGGGACAGGCUUGGGGAUUACUCGCAGAGGAAGCUUAGCCGGUGGGGAGAAUAUCAACAACGCGUCGGAUCUGAUCAAGCGGAAGCUGCUACGUCAGAAUGCGAGUCCAGACAAGGCGAUGCGGUUCUCCAAUUUAUACUCGCGCCUGUUGACCCAGCCUGUACUUUCUCAGAAGUGGGCUAUCUUGUACCUCCUCUAUCGACUGAGCUCGGACGACAACGAAGAAGGCCUGGAGGAAGAAGGGGGAAGUCGGAGUCCUGCGGUCGAACCAGGGAAUUUGCAGAACAUACUGUUUAAGGGCCAAAGGGCAAGACAGGGAAUGGGAGAGAACUCGGAUGAGGAGGGCCCCGCCAUCAGUUCAUCGGCAUCGCAAUUACCUGCGCGCCUAGAGCGGAAAGUUUCUCAGCGACGACGGGAACGGGAGAUACGGAACACGGAAGCAGAACAGGAACUUGAUUUGGCUCGAGAGCAUCAGAGGCGUCGUGCAAUUUCUGAUGUUGUAGCGAGGGAUAUUCAGUUGGAAGAGCAGAGGAACGUGCAACCCGAGCCGGUCCCAGAAAACCAACAGAAGGUAGCUCGACCUACCGAGAAUGGGCUUUUGCGUGAGCUCCCCUUCAAUAUGCAGGGGCUAUCAUCCUCGAAUCUUGAGUUUUCGUCUUCCUCUACCCUCAAACUGCCCCCAACGCUGCCCAUCCCCUUGAUAUCGCUUGUGAACGCAUUGGCGGAGCCUUGUCUGUUAUACAAGGGGUUGUCAGCCUUUGUUGAAAGCUCUAGUGGUGGCCUGUUGAACCAGAGUUUGCGAGCGGCACUUUCAAACGAGCUUCGCUCGUAUUUGGGCCUAGUCGCUACACUCGAAGGGGAGAUUCGACGGGCGCUGGCCGCUCCUGGAGAUUCCACAGAUACGCCUAGUGUAGCUAAAACCGGCGUCACAUUAAAAAGAUGUGUGGUAUGGACAAGGGAUGCGACAAUGGCACUGAGAUUAAUGAGCUUGAUUGUCGAGGAAGCUCAGAAUAAGAAAGGUGGUCAACUUAUAUCGAUGAUACAUGGCUUUUCCACUUCCCAUGGAGAUCCUUUCGUCUGUGCGCUCGCUGAGAAACUGCUCGCACACGUCACACGGCCGUUCUAUAAUAUGCUACGGUUAUGGAUUUACGACGGCGAACUCUCAGAUCCAUAUAAGGAAUUCUUUGUGGUAGCGCCAGAAAUGAGUCCAAGCACAGAUCCCCGGCGCAUCGCUACGAGCGUUUGGGAAGACAAAUACAAGCUUGACGACGAUUUGGUGCCGUCAAUCAUUACGCAGGAUUUUGCGAAGAAGGUAUUCUUGAUCGGAAAAUCCUUGAAUUUCAUCAGGUACGGCUGCGGCGAUUCGGGAUGGGUAGAAGCCUAUUCAAAGGAGACUUCGAAAGAAUUGCGAUACGGCGACACAGCAAGUCUGGAGACAUCCAUCGAUGAGGCAUAUAAGAUCACAAUGGCGCGACUAAUCUACCUCAUGGAUGAGAAGUUCAAGCUUUUUGAUCAUCUUCGGGCGUUGAAGAAAUACCUAUUAUUAGGACAGGGUGAUUUCAUCGCCCUGCUGAUGGAAUCGCUGGCGUCAAACCUCGACCGUCCUGCUAAUUCCCAAUAUAGACAUACGCUUACGGCUCAGCUGGAACAUGCCAUCCGUGCUUCAAACGCUCAAUAUGACUCGCCAGACGUUCUUCGCCGUUUAGAUGCCCGAAUGUUAGAACUCAGUCAUGGCGAGAUCGGCUGGGACUGUUUCACACUAGAAUAUAAGAUAGAUGCUCCAGUGGAUGUCGUCAUUACACCCUGGGGCUCUACUCAGUACUUGAAAGUGUUCAAUUUCUUAUGGCGCGUGAAACGUGUCGAGUUUGCACUGGGCAGUACCUGGCGACGAUGCAUGACCGGGGCCAGAGGAGUGCUGAGGAGUGUCGAUGAUAAAGUAGGGCCUGACUGGAAACGAGCGAGAUGCGCCAUUGCUGAGAUGAUUCAUUUUGUUUGUCAACUGCAAUACUAUAUCUUGUUCGAGGUCAUAGAGGCCAGUUGGGAUCAAUUGCAAGCUUCCAUCUCCAAGCCAGGAUGCACACUGGACGAUUUGAUCGAAGCACACACCAAAUAUCUCAAUUCAAUCACUCACAAGGGCCUACUAGGAUCCUCAUCUUCGUCUAAGAGCUCAUCUUCCAACAAACAUCAAGACGAGAGCUUCUUGACCCAACUACACCAGAUUUUGAAGAUUAUGCUCGCCUACAAGGAUGCUGUUGACGGGUUAUAUUCUUUCUCUGUCGCCGAGUUCACUCGAAGGCAGGAACUCAGCGCUAAAAUCGAAACGCGCACCGCACAAGGACGUUGGGGCGUUACAGAACGCGAUCUCCUCUCCUCCCGACGACACAAGAAUUCAGUAUCCUCAGUAUCUACGCCAAACGUUGGAAACUCUGGCGAUGAUAUUGGGACACCGUCAUCCCUCAUGGGCCACGAUCUUUCCGCUGAUGACCACAUGCUCGCGUCUCUACGUGUUCGGCUCCGCGAUCUGUCUGCGGAGUUCAAGUCGCGGUUAAACAUCCUCCUGGGCGAUCUGGCGUAUCAACCAGACGUGGACAUGCGGUUCCUUGGAGUAGUCAUGAAUUUCAACGACGUCUAUGAGCCAGUGCGAAGGAGGAGGACAGCAAACAGUUCUCGGGACCGGGAAAGGCUCAGACGGAAAGCGGUAGAAGGUAAUGCGCAGAAGGAGAUGAAGAGAGAGAAAAGGGACUCAAAUGGGGCGGAAAACGCCAGUGGCUCAGGUAAUGGGCCAUAAUCUACCUUUCGCCUACAUGCAUCGUGGUUUCGCAUCUUUGGUGAGAGUUGGGAUUGUAAAACCGGAGUCAAAAGGAACUGGAAGGCAAAGUCUAAUGGCAUGAAUAAUAAUGCAAGCGACGAAUUUU